GUUCCCACCAUUCCCCAAACCGACUCAACAACGUCAGCUUCAGCCCUCGCAAACACCUAAGAUUCUGCACAACGCCGGCACACCAAAUCGGGAAGAACAGUUCGAUUGCCCGCAAGAUAUGUUCAAGUCUUUCGGAUUGACUUCAGUUCUUGAAUACAUUUUACAGUAUGUUGAAGGUAAAAAAGAAGAAUUGGAGAAUAGGUCUGUUGAAAACAAGAAAUUAUUUAAGAAACCGUAUCUAAGCCAUGAAGGAGAAUAUGAGGUGAAGAGAUAUGAAACUACUGCUGAUAAAAAUGUUAUGGAUAAAAACCAAACAAACAAUGCUUUAGCACUCCCUGACCAAGCUGAUGUCUGUUCUUUGACUAAAGAACAGUUGGCUGAAAUUGAGCUAAUUGACCAGGUGCUGAAGAAGGCUGAUAUAACAUGGAAAAAGCAUAAACCAAUUUCUCAAAGCAUAAAAGACAAUGAAUCUCUUUCUAAAGAAUGGAAACAAAUUCUUGACUCAGAAAAGAUACUGACUGAUACGACAAAAGUCGAUUCCAAUACUGAAGACAGCCCGAAGAAUUCAGAUAUUGGAGUAAUCUCUGAAGCUGCUUUGAUUCGAGUUCUCAAAGGAGUGAAUAUUCCAAAAGCCAAACCAGUGUCUCAUAGAAUUCCACAAAAGGCGGCUUCCAGAAAGAAUCCCCAAAUAGUGGUGAAAGAAAAACAAGUAUUAAACACGAAACCCUCUUCAGUGUCAAAGGCAUUGGUGAAGAAAGGUAGCAAGUCUAAAAAGAUUGAGAAAGACCAUUCAACAAAGAUCUUAGAUAAAUCUGAAAAAAAUUGUCAAAAUUCUCAGACUGAUUUGAUUCCUUGUUCCAAAGAACAGGUCACGGUUUCUUCAAAAGAUCAAACAAGCAGAGGUGAUGAUGACCAUCCCACAGUCAGGUCCUGUUUUACAGUCCCGACAAAUAUCAAAUCCCUUUGGAAACAAAAAUAUUCUUUAAGGCAGAAUAUUCGGAAGCUGUCACAGAAUUCCUCUCCUGCUGAUUCCUUCUGCACUCUUCUGGAAACGGAGAUGGAGUCCUCUUUCCCAUGUGGCAAGCUUCAAGUUCAGUUACUUUCAAAACAGUAUGAUGACCUCAAUAAACUACUGCAGACUCUGGACCAUGUUUGUGUUUCCAAUAUCUCUAGUCCUAAAGAUAUUUUGCGCAUGAAGGUGUAUAUUAAACACAUAAUUGUGAAAACACUGGAGCUUAAUCAACAGACAGAAAAACUUCUCGAAGAAGCUCAGUAUUCUCAGCAAGCUCAAGGUAAUAUAUGUGCCAAGAUGCAACACAAAUCAUUUAUUUCCAAAUCAGAAAUUCCUUUUGAGGUUUGGCUUCCACCUUAUCUUUACCAAUCAUCUGAAGAAAAUUGGAAGAAACUGUCUCUGGAUCUCUGCUAUUCAAGCGUCACAGAACUGAACAAGUAUUGGCAACUGAGCCAUCAGCUACAGCUAAAAAUAUUGUCCGCUCAUCUUUUGGAGUUGUUUGCUAAUAGCUUGAUGUCUCUCCUGACAUCAUCUGACAUACCAAGAAGUGACAGAAUGAUUAUCUUCCGAAUACUUCAAGGUAUUUUGUGGCACAAUGGAGAGCAGUUUCCCACAUUACUUAAACCCAGAGGUUCCACUAGUUAACAGUUGUUACCUAUCAAUUGCCAUGUGGAAGAGCAAUGAAUUUAUAUCCAAAAUUGGGAGGAAAGCCCUUUGGAGUAAGUCAACUUUUACUCACAUCUGAUGGAACUGAAGAAGAAAACUUCAGGGUAGAAGACUUGAUUAUGGCUUUUCAUAAAAUGAUAGCACAAUUGACUGACUUUUCAUGAAUUCUAUCACUUAAGUGUGGUUUCGUCUUGGUGGGAAGGGUCACACAUAUUUAACCUGCUGUUAAUAGGAGAACAUGCAGCUUUCUGUGAACAGGAAGAUGUGUGUGAUUUUACCUUAACAAUGGAAAAUCCCUAUCCAGGGAGAUCUCCAUCAAUAGCAGUGGAAGGUAAGCCUUUUGGUCCUGUGCUAAACUGUACUCAUCAUGCUGGAGAUUACGAAGAGUUUUGGGCCCAAGACAUAACUAUGUUUCUUGCCAAUCUCAAUAUGUUCCUGAGUGUUAUGUGGGUGAUAUUUACUUGGUAGUAAUUGGAAUUAAAUCUCAUAUUGGUCUACUGAGAACAUAUAUUGUUAGUGAGAGCUUUAGUGUCCCUCUCUGAUGUAUUUCAAUAUUGCUUGUUGAAAAAGACCAAGUUGAUGUCUUCAUUUUGUAUUGUUAUUGGUGAUAAAGUAUUUGAUUAGUUUGACACCAAUUUCAGCACAUCUACUGUCAGGAAAGACCAUUGAUGAAUCGGUGUACAUAUUGCAGUUCAUCAAAAUGCCUUGGUUUAGAAUUUCUAUAAACCCAGGAACUUCACCUGAGGCCAGUUUAUCAGGAAUUCCAAAAAUAAGAAAUAAAUGCUGGAGUCUAGUUAUAAAUCCAUCGUUACCAUUGAAUGGUGGUUUCUCAAGAAUAGGUUGUGUAUAUGAUGUGCAUAUAUUGAGAUUUUGGAAGGUCAUGUCGGUGUUAGACGAAAGAAAAAAAUUGGGUAAGAGAAUGGAACUCUGUGGUACUUCAUUUAGGAAAAUUGCAAAAUCUGAAACCUUUGUUUUUGAACACUACUUAGAGCUUUGGCAGGUUGUUUGCUAGCCAACAUUUUAAUGUUUCUUAAAGUAGUAUGGGUUAUCAUUAUUUUUUUAUAAGUGAAUAUUGUGGAACAAUGAAAAAAUUACUGCCAAGUAUUAUAAACAUUAAUACCAGAUUGGAUUCAGAAUCAGCUGUAGUGUCCACAAUUUCCAAAGAUGAUGUAACUUCUAAACUGAUUAUUUCAAACAAAUAAUGCCUUCUUUUUAUGUUUCCUGCGAAUUGCAGAGGACCUGGACAAAUUCUAGUGUUGUUCAAUAAAUUUAAUGCUCUUCAAAUUUACAAACCAUAUUAAUUUAUUUAUUUAUUUAUUUUUGUUGAAGACUGAAAAAAUAAAAUUUAAAAACCAAAAAAAUCCUGAUUUAAUGAGAAAAUGUUAUUGUGUUGUAUUAAAGUUUAUAUUUUCCUUAA